CUUAUGUCAAACAUCGAGUUACUUUAUGUGUGUGUGGAGGAAUCCGGAACGUAAAUAUGUUUACGUGAAAUAUCCUUUGCUAAUACUUGUAGAUUAGAGUUUGUAGCGAAGAUGGGUUUCUACGAGGAUACGUUGGUGAUUUUGGUCUCGCAGGUAAUAUUCUUUAUGGGGGCGAGACUGUUCUUCCUGAAACAACUGUUCAAAGAUUACGAGAUCAGACAUAUCCUGGUGUACCUGAUAUUCUCUGUGACUCUGAUGAUUUCUUGCACAAUGUUUGAACUGAUCAUUUUCGAAAUUUUGAAUUGGCUUGAAGCAAGCUCCAGAUCAUUCUACUGGUGCAUUGUGCUCUAUUCCCUCCUAUUUGUUGUCAUUGUACUCAAUCCAUUUUAUAUUUCUUAUUGUUGCAUAAGCAACAUCAGCUUUGUGAAAGCACACUACAUCAAAUAUUUAACAGUGUUUGUUUGGAUCCUAUUUUUAAUCAUCUUUUGGAAAAUCGGUGAUCCGUUCCCAAUCCUGAACCCCAAGCAGGGGAUUUUGUCAAUGGAACAGUUGGUCUCGCGAAUCGGCGUUAUCGGGGUGACGGUUAUGGCCCUGCUCUCAGGAUUUGGUGCUGUCAACUAUCCUUACACAUCAAUGUCCUAUUUCAUAAGGGAAGUGUCGCCAGCAGAUGUUGCUACUACAGAGAAGAGGCUAAUGCAAACAAUGGAGAUGAUUGUUAUGAAGAAGAAAAGGAUUGCCAUGUCCAAAAAGCAGAGCUUAGAGAAGGGCGCAUCUUCCGACGCUGACAAGAAGCAAGGAAUAUGGGGGAUGCUGUAUUCGGUUGGGCCGAAACGCAGUCAAGAAAAUAUAUCUCAAUUGAAACUGGAAAUUUCCGGUUUGGAGGAACUGAGUAGGCAAUUGUUUCUGGAGGCGCACGAGAAUCACAAUAUGCUCGAGAGGAUCGAAUGGUCGAACACGUGGAAAGGAAAAUACUUUAACUUCUUGGGAUACUUCUUUUCGCUGUAUUGUUUAUGGAAAAUCUUUAUUUGUACGAUCAACAUCGUUUUCGAUCGAGUUGGUAAGAAGGAUAUCGUCACCAGAGGAAUAGAAAUUGCUGUCCACUGGAUGGGUUUGAAUAUUGACGUGAACUUUUGGUCCCAGCACGUGUCUUUCAUUCUGGUUGGAUGCAUUGUCAUCACUUCUAUUAGAGGCCUUUUGUUAACGUUAACUAAGUUUUUCAACAAAAUAUCGUCGAGCAAGAGUUCGAAUAUCAUUGUUCUGGUCUUGGCGCAGAUCAUGGGCAUGUACUUUCUGUCUUCGGUGCUUUUGCUACGUAUGAGCAUGCCUUUGGAGUAUAGAACGAUCAUCACGCAGGUAUUGGGAGAUCUUCAAUUCAAUUUCUACCACAGGUGGUUCGACGUUAUAUUCCUUGUCAGCGCUCUGACGAGCAUCCUCACGCUGUAUUUGGCCCACAAGCAGCCCAUACAAGAUAUAAAUGAGCAUAUGUGAUACAAUUUACAUAGAGAAUAAUGCAUUUAAUUUACUACCAUUGACUGAUGUACCACUGUUCAUGCUAUCUAGAUUUGAAAUAUUUAUUAAGCUUAUUGAAUUUAAU